GCAACAUCCCCAAGAUGGGCCCGAUGACUGGGCACCCUGACGAGCCUUUUUUCCCGCCCCUCUUGUGCCCAGCCAGCUCACCCCCUCCAUGCUACCAUCACCCUGAUUGCUUUCCUGCUGCCCCAUCCCUUUGUGCUAUUUAAGAGGGCGCAGUCCUCAGGAUAGAGCCUGUCUAAUCUAUUUGUACAGCACCUAGCACAAAGCAGCCAUUCUCUCAGUGGCUGCCAUAAGGAACGUUUUCAGCAAGACUGCCACGGACUACAGCCCCGUCCCAGUGCCUCUUCUCCCUCCAGCUAGAAACAGCCCCCCCAGGGCAAUGUUAGCAUUACUGGACUCCUUUGGAGGAUGCUGACGGCUUGCAGCCAAAAAGGGGAAGGAAGAUUUUGUGAGUGCCUCUGUAGAUGAGGCCGGCAAGGCAUGGAGCCCAGAGGAAGAAGGAUAUGGCAGGUCUGCAUCGCGGUGCUGUGCGCUGGAGCCGUUACAAGAGCAGAGGUAAAGGCAUCACCCCCAAAUACCGGGCAAGUCCAACACAUGCCAGAACUGGAGGGAGACUUCAACGGGACAACAAAGGAAACGGCCAGAAACACAACGUGGAUCCCAACCACUUUGGCUGGUCCUACAGAGGGCUCCACGGCUGCCUACACUGUGAACAGGGGAGACACGACUGCAGACAAUGCCGAAGUUUCCAGCUCCAUCUCCCCCAAGUACUGGUCCCCUGUUAUCUUUGUGGUGCUCGCCUUGAUUGUCCUGUUCUUCACGUACCGGAGGAAACGCGGGCGAGGCACCAGCAGCCGCGCAGCGUCCAUGGCCGAGUCCUCAGACUCCGACAUGCCCAUUGUUCCUGACCCCGACCGGCACCGUGUUUCUCACCAGGAAAAACGCCCGUCCUUCCCAGGGAAGCAGGGACCGACGAACACAGGGACGCCAGUGGCAGAGACGUCUCCAAGCCCAGAGAUGAUGGAGUCAGUUUUCUGCGAGCCAGGCUCAUCCUCGUACCAGGCUGCCGUGUCCAUAACAGCUGAAGUCUCUGACAGCUGUCCCAGGACCUCAGGGGUUGAUUAAACCUCCCAGCCCCUCUCCCUGGACUGAACACAGAGAAACCAAAAGGCUUCUUAUGCAGCCUCUGCCCACUGGCCCCAGCACUCCUGACCAGUUUGUACCCACUGGAGAAGGACACCUGGGAAGGCGACACUCCCUCCUUACACAGCACUGCUCAUCAUGCUGCAUGGAUGGUGGUGAGGCCCCAUUUCACAGAAGGGGAAACUGAGGCAUAGAGCAAUGAGGUCCAAGACAUGACUAGCAUGUGUGCUGCCUUGCCCUCACUGGCACAAACUCCCAUAGCAGCAAACACAUGGUAGCACCCAGGGUCCACGCCCAGGGCAGACUCAGGUGGGUUGCAGCCCCUGCCAACGCAUUUCACCCCUAGCAUCACCUUGGUUGCAUUCAAGUUGCAAACCAGCCGUUUCAUGCCGCAUUGAUGCCCCCCAUGCCCGGCCUGGAGCAGAGCGAGGAUGCAAAGCCCAGGUCUCCUGUUAGGUAGCCUGGCACUGGACUACAUUCCCUGCAUUUGCUUUGCCCAUGGCUCCAACUGAGACUGAGCAUGUGUAUAAGUGAUACUGAGCUGAGCAAGGGGAUACAUUCUGCUGGGAUAAAGACCUUGUCUUCGUCCACUGCGACAGUCCUGAUGUUGGCAGGGCAGGGGAGCCUACGUGCAGGUUGAUGGCUACUCCAAUAAAGCAGUAUUUCAUGUCGGGGACCCGAUGAUCCUCA